UGACGUAAAACGCACGUCUAACGCGGAUGUAAACACUUUGGUUCACAUGGUGGGAAAACUCACUGACUAUGGCACCGAAGCUGGAGCGUUUUACCAGUCCGGGUAAAGGAAACGGCCUGCGGGCGACCGGCCGGAUCAGGAAGGGGGAGCCGGUGUACUCCGCCGAGCCGCUGGCCUGCUGCGUCUCCAACAAAGCGGCGAGACAGGUCUGCCACCACUGCUUCACACGAUGUGAGUCUUUGUUGAGGUGCUCGCAGUGUAAGAUGGCUCGCUACUGUGAUACCACCUGCCAGAAACGAGCUUGGUCUGGCCAUAAGAGAGAGUGUAAGUGCCUUCGGAGCCUCCUACCCAGAAUUCCCACUGACUCAGUCCGUCUGGCUGCAAGAAUCAUCUUUACCCUGUUAACUCCAUCGCAGCGCAGCAGUGAGGAGCUGUACACAUUGGAGGAGCAUGAAUCACACCUUAGUUCUAUGUCACCGCAGAAGAGAGAAGGUCUGUCCCAGCUGGCAGCCAUGUUACAGCUCUACCUGCAGCAGGAAGUACCUAACCUCACACAGGAAAUGACAUUAGUGAUACCACCUUCCUGCCAAGAACCCCUCAGCCUGAUCGCAAAGGUGACGUGUAACUGUUUCACCAUCAGUGAUGGAGAGCUGCAAGAGAUUGGGGUGGGGCUGUACCCAAGUCUGUCCCUAUUAAACCAUGACUGCAGGCCAAACUGUGUGAUGGUGUUUGAGGGAACAAAACUCCACCUCAGGGCUGUCCAGGAUAUCAGUCCCAAAGAAGAGCUGACCAUAAGUUACAUAGAGACAGUAUCGCUGACCGUGGACAGACAGAGACAGCUGGAGGAGCAGUACCACUUCACCUGCCACUGCCAGCGCUGUGACUCUCAAGACAUGGAUGGACUCAUGCUCUCAGGGGACGAAGCAGCGUGGCGCCCCAUGAAAGAGGCCCUGCCCAGACUUGGGGAAUUACAAGCAGAGUUUGAUUGGCAAGCGGUAUUGGAGGGCUGUAGUUCUCUCUUAUUGCCUGAUGGUGGUGCUGUCCCUGAUGAGAAUCUGUACAAGCUGAGAGUGACAGACCUGGCCCUUGACGCCUGCGUUCACCUGGCACACUGGGAGGAAGCUCUGAGAUACGGGGAGAAGACACUCCCAGUAUACAGGCAGUACUACCCUGAUCCCCAUCCGGUCCAUGGGGUCCAGCUGAUGAGAGUUGGUAAGCUGCAUCAUUACCUGGGCCACAUAGAGGAAACUAUGGACACUUUCACACAGGCCUAUGAAAUCAUCAAGGUCACCCACGGCAGCGCUCAUCCUCUGACCUGUGACCUGCGGGGGAAGCUGGAGGAAUGUCGCGCUGAGCUGAGCCAGCCGUCCAGCAGCCGCUAAGGUUCAGCAGCAGCCACAGUUUUUUAAACCUCAUGGCCUUCCUGUGUGCUUUCCCUCAUGCCAUGUGUGCCCUCUUAAAGCUGCAAGAAGCACAUCCACCGGCUUUGAGAUGUAAACAUGGAGACAUUUAUCAACUUGAAAAACAAACAAGCGUGAAAAUGACUAUAUUCACCCUGUUGUGUUCAGUUUUAUUCAGCAUAAACUAAAUUAAUUUAGUUACACCAAAACAUUUUUUCUUUUCAAAUGUAAAUCUCACCUCGAUUUUAGCCAAUAAAUAACAUAAACAAAAAUUAAUUAUCCAUUCAAUUUAUUUUUCCAUUUUGUGACAGUAUAAUUUUUCAUUUUUGAAAGGCCUGAUAAAAUUGCUUUGAUUUUAGUAUACAUAAUACACGCAUAAACCUUUUUCAUUUUUGAAAAAGCUAAUAAAAGUAAUUCACAAUCACUUCCAUCCAUUCAAUUGCCAUACCUGCUUGUUCCUGCUCAGGGUCAUGGGGGGGAUGGAGCCUAUCCCAGCAUGCACUGGGUGGAAGGCAGGGCAGCGUUCUGCGCAGGCCAAAGGUCAGAUGCUGACAUGAGCACAUUUCUCUUCUUUGAACCGAGCACAAACUGCAGCCACACACUCCUGGUGAAACCAAAACGAAACGGCAAAUUAAAAAAGCUCUGUCACACUUCAGCAGGUUCAGGUCCUCGUUUUGUAUUCCAUAAACUCUGGGCCUGUGAAGCCCCCUGACGCUGUGAACAGAGAUUAAAGACUAUAUUAGCACCACAAUAUAAUACUGUUGAGUUAAUUCCAUAUUCUGGCCCCAGGUCACUGUGGGUCCUCCUCACUGCGACUGCUCUCAGUCCCACCCAUGCUUCCAAACCUCCAGAAGGAUCUCCCAUCCCAUAUUAAGUCCCGUCCCACCAUUUUAGACCAUUUUAAAUCAAAUCUAAAAACCCACCUUUUUUCUCUUGCUUUGAGCUCAGUCUGAGGUUGCCCCCUGGUUUUUGUCAAGUCCCCUCUUAAUUUGCCUUUAAUGUCCUCUUACUGCGUUUUAAUCUGUUGGUUUUAUUCAGUUUCACUUACUCUUUUAUUUUGUUACUUGAACUUUUAUUUUAUCAUUUUAUUAGUUUUAUGUGCAUUCCGUUUUAGUCUUGCCUUUUAGGUUUGAUACCUUAAAUCAUGUACAGUAUACUUGUGCUGAAACCAUUUAGCCCCAGUCUGAAAUGUUGGAGAUCUUGUUCAGAGGGGUGUUGCGGAUGCUAAGUGAGAGCAAGAACUGUUGCAGUCUGUUUCACUCGAAGGAUUACCAAUAAAAACUGACAUUUUGUAGCUUC